AAAUUAUGGUUUUAUAUUGCAGAACAAAAUGUCAGUUUCCUCGAUCUUUAAGCAGCUAACUUCCGGCGUCAACUUUAAUACAAAUCUUUAUAAAAACGAAGCUAAAAGAUUUGGUUUAGUUAAGGAUACAGAAGCCACUGUAGAAAGUGCCCCAACUCUCCUGCCCUCUUAUAAGGAGGUGAAGGAGGAGGUGGUAGCCAAGGGGGAGAGAGACAACCAGUCCUCAGACGAGGAGGAUCUUACUAUUAUCGGAAAUAUAACAACUAUGAAGAAGAAAAAGAAGAAGAAGAAAGAAAAAAAAGAACAGGACAAGAUUAAAGAAAUUUAUGCAGAGAAAGUAAAUCAUUUUAGGAACGCGAAUAAAAUUCAUGUUCAAGGUUCAGAUAUUCCAACCCCAAUAUCAGAAUGGAUUCAGCUGUGUGAGAGAUAUUCUGUAAGUGAGAAUCUGUUUAACAACAUCAGCUACAACAAACCCUCCCCGGUCCAGAUGCAGACCAUUCCCCUCAUGCUGGAGAACAGAGAAGUUUUGUCCUGUGCUCCAACAGGAUCUGGUAAAACUGCAGCAUUCCUAAUUCCCAUAUUACAUAGUCUUAAAGCUCCAAUUAAUGGUGGAUACAGAGCGGUCAUCAUUGUUCCAACCAAAGAGCUUGCAGUACAGAUAGAGCAGGAAUGUAAAAAGCUGUGUACUGGAACAGGUUUAAGACCAUACAGCCUCGGAAAGGUAAAGAGUGAGAAAACAAAACCUGAUAAAGUUAAACACGAUAUUCUGAUUUCUCCUCCUAAUAGGUUAGUUUAUAUGAUUAACCAUGAUCCCCCACUUAUUAAUCUCUCCAAGGUUCAAUGGCUCAUAAUUGACGAGGCAGAUAAACUUUUUGAGGCUGGAGUAUCAGGGUUUAGAGAGCAGCUAGCAACUAUUUACACAUCCUGUAACGGACCAGGGAUAAGGAGAGGAAUGUUUUCUGCAACGCUUGGACAGGAAGUGCAGGGCUGGUGUAAACUAAAUCUGGAUAAUCUUGUGAGUGUACGGGUGGGAGCUGCUAAUUCUGCUACGGAAACUAUUGAACAGAAACUGCUUUACUGUGGAAGUGAACACGGCAAACUAGUAGCAUUUAGAGCUCUGGUCCUGAAAGGGUUGACACCUCCUGUUCUCAUAUUCGUGCAAACCAAGGAGAGAGCUCAGGAGUUAUUUAAAGAACUGCUUUAUGAUGGUAUCCAUGUUGAUGUGAUUCAUAGUGACAGAUCUCAGCAACAAAGAGAAAAUACUGUACGCGCAUUUAGAUCUGGUGGUAUCUGGGUUCUGAUAUGUACUGAACUGAUGGGUCGAGGUAUCGACUUCAAGGGAGUUAAUCUUGUUAUUAACUACGACUUCCCUCCAUCUGCGGUAAGCUAUAUCCACCGUAUCGGUAGAACGGGUCGAGCAGGUAGAUCAGGGUCCGCUAUCACGUUCUUCACAGAGUCCGACCGGCCUGUUCUCAAAAGUAUUGCCCAGGUGAUGAGAAACUCCGGAUGUGAGGUUCCUGAAUAUAUGUUGCUACUUAAAACAUCCAGGGAUGUGAAGAAACAGAUUGAGAACAAUGCCCCUAAGCGUGACAGCAUCAGUCGAGAAUCUAAAUUCGACAAGGCGCGCAGGCUCAAGCGCAACGACAUGGUGAAGGCGAGCAAGAAACGAAAGCAGAGAGAGGAAGGAGGGGGGAAUGAUAAAGAAGAGAAGAAGUCUAAGAAACCAAAGAUUGACUCAACCUCUACCAACACAAACACGGAUAAAAAGAUAAAGAAGAAAAAGAAGAGUUUAGAAGUCAGGAAAAGUUUAAAGAAAGAAAAGAAAACAAUGUCCUCGGACAAGGAACAUUUGGAAAAAAAGAAGAAAGCUAAAAUUGUAAAUUGAUUUUUUUCCAG